CUUCUUCACUCUCUACUGUUCAAUUCUUGUGCCCUUCUCCUUCUCAAAAUUCAUUUCCACAGACAUACAAGUUCUUCCACCAUAAUUCAAUCUUCACGAUGAAGAAUUUCAUGUCGCCUAGAAAUCUAGUCAUGAGAGAGAAUCAUGAAAACAUCGCACCAUCCCCGAACCCCAAAUCGAAGCCUACCACACCAAACCCUAAUCGGAAGCUCAAAUCCAGCAAAGAGAAUGCACCGCCGACGCCAGCCUCAGAUCCCAAGUCAAUCGCGUCGUCUCCAGCACCCGCCAAGAUGAAGAGUCCACUUCCGCCGCGCCCACCGCUCAAGCGCAAGCUCGCAGACUCUGAUUACUCUGCGCCUGCCGCCAAUUUAUUGGAUUCCGGCGUGAAGGUAAUUGUGCGAGUGAGACCACCAAACAACGAGGAAGAAGAUGUAGGGGAUGUGGUUUACAAAAAAUCCCAAGAUUCUUUAACUAUAUCAGGUCAAACAUUUACGUUUGACUCAGUGGCUGAUAUUCAUUCAAAACAGAGUGACAUAUUCGAGCUCGUAGGUGCGCCAUUGAUUGAGAAUUGUCUUGCUGGGUUCAAUAGUUCCGUCUUUGCAUAUGGACAGACUGGAAGUGGAAAGACGUACACGAUCUGGGGUGCAUCCAACGCCUUGUUGGAAAAACAUGGGCAAGGCCUAGCGCCACGUGUAUUUCACAGACUCUUUGAACGGAUUAAUGAGGAACAGAACAAGCAAGCCGACAGAAACCUGGUUUAUAUGUGCCGCUGCUCUUUCCUUGAGAUCUAUAAUGAGCAAAUAACGGAUUUAUUGGAGCCAAGUCAGAAGAAUCUUCAGAUUAGAGAAGAUGCUAAAAUUGGUGUUUAUGUCGAAAAUAUAAGAGAGGAGUGUGUAUCUUCAAUGAAGGAUGUGUCUCAACUGCUGCUAAAGGGAUUGUCAAAUCGGAGAACUGGUGCUACAUGUGUAAAUGCUGAAAGUUCUCGCUCUCACAGUGUUUUCACUUGUGUUGUUGAAUCUCGUGGCAAGAGUGCAGCUGAUGGUUUAACCCGGUUGAAAAUGAGCAAAAUCAAUUUUGUUGAUCUUGCUGGAUCUGAGAGACAAAAGCAAACAGGUGCAGCUGGAGAACGCUUGAAGGAAGCGGGGAAUAUUAAUCGUUCUCUUUCACAGCUAGGGAAUUUGAUAAAUAUUCUGGCAGAAGUUUCCCAAUCAGGAAAACAAAGGCACAUCCCCUACAGGGAUUCAAAGUUGACUUUCCUGCUGCAGGAAUCACUUGGGGGGAAUGCAAAGUUGGCGAUGAUAUGUGCCAUUUCUCCAUCUCAAAGCUGUAAGAGUGAGACUCUCAGUACUCUGCGAUUUGCCCAAAGAGCUAAAGCAAUCAAGAACAAAGCAAUCAUUAAUGAGGAGAUGCAAGAAGAUGUAAAUGUCUUGCGAAAAGUCAUCGGGCAAUUGAGGGAUGAAUUGCACCGAAUGAAGGCUAAUCAAGAUCAAACUGGUCAAACUGGAGCUUAUGCAACUGGAUGGAGUGCAAAAAGAAGUUUGAAUCUCCUAAGAUUUAGCCUCAACCGGCCAAUGGUGUUGCCUCAUGUUGAGGAUGAUAGUGAUGAAGAAAUGGAAAUAGUGGAUACAUGUGAGACAACGUCGUUAAUCCGUGAGGAAACAAGUGCCUCAACUCCUGGUUGUGAAGAUGCAGAUGUCCAUAUGGAAGAUGAAUCGUCUGAAACUGCUGAUAAGAAUAAAUCUAAUGUCAUAAGCCAGAGGAUAAUAGUGCAUCCAGAGAUAUCUCCUGAGAUCGAAUCAGAGAUGGCAUCCGAGAAGGGUUUGGGUGGACAGCCUGUUCUAAAGUCACCCAUUCCUAGUGUUUCACCCAUAGUGACCAGUAGCAGGAAAAGUCUUAGGUUAUCAUCGACCUCAACUGCUUCACAGGGCAAUUUCAAUGCUGCAAAUGCAUCUAUUGCAAAGCCUACCAGUAACAUCCUUUUGAACUCUCAAUCUACUCGCAAAUUUUGCUUGGCUUCAGCCGAACAAUUAGCUGCUACUCUCAACCAUGGACUUGAUAUACUCCAGAGUCAGCGCCUUACUCCUGCAAUGCGAAGAUCAUCAUUUAGAUUCUCUUGCAUGCCAGCUGAUUUUAAGGCAGUGGUACCUGUUGUCAAAGUUGAUGUGGGUGUUCAAACUCUUUCUCAUGAUGAAAAAUCAAUUGACAAGGGCACAGGAGAAUUCCUAUGCAGUAAAUGCAUGAGUAGAAUCUGUGAGCAAGAGGCCAUAAAUAACGAUGAUGCCCAAGAUAUGCAGCUAGUACCUAUUAAUGAGUCAUCAAUGCUUACAUGCAACAAACUAGCUCCAAAAGUACGUGAGCCAGAGGCCGUAAAUAACGAUGAAGCCCAAGAUAUGCAGCUAGUACCUAUUAAUGAGUCAUCAUCACAUACAUGCAACAAACUAGUUCCAAAAGCAGUGGAAAAGGUUCUGGCUGGAGCUAUCCGCAGAGAGAUGGCAUUGGAAGAUAUUUGUGCAAAACAAACUUCUGAGAUAACACAGCUUAAUCGUUUGGUCCAACAAUAUAAACAUGAGAGAGAAUGCAAUGCCAUAAUUGGUCAAACUCGUGAAGAUAAAAUUGUUCGGCUUGAGGGCCUGAUGGAUGGAAUAUUACCCACUGAGGAGUUCAUGGAGGAGGAACUCUUGUCAUUAACUCAUGAACAUAAGAUUCUUCAGGAAAAAUGUGAUAAUCAUCCAGACAUUUUAAGAACACAAGUUGAGUUUAAGAGAGUUCAAGAUGAAUUAGAAAGAUAUCAAAAUUUCUUUGAUUUAGGCGAGAGGGAUGUUUUGUUGGAGGAGAUACAAGACUUAAGAGCUCAACUCCAAUAUUAUCUGGAUUCUUCACCAAAGAUGCCAAAAUGUGAAACCGCUCUUCUACAGCUUACAUCCUGUGAGCCUAGAGUUGCUCCUGCACCUUCUGCUCCUCAUAUAUCAGAGAGUCCUGAGGAGAGAAUCCAAUGGACUGAAGCAGAGAGCAAAUGGAUUUCUCUGGUAGAUGAACUUAGAUUGGAACUUGAAGCCAAUCAGUCGAUCUGUCAAAGACAAAAGCAAGAACUUGACAUGGAAAAGAAGUGCUCUGAAGAGCUUAAAGAAGCAAUGCAGAUGGCAAUGGAAGGCCAUGCGCGGAUGCUUGAGCAAUAUGCUGAGCUUGAAGAAAAGCACAUUCUAUUACUUGGCACACACAGAAGUAUCCAAGAUGGAGUUGAGGAUGUCAAGAAAGCAGCAGUAAAAGCAGGGGUAAAAGGCGCUGAAUCAAAAUUUAUCAAUGCUUUAGCAGCUGAAAUUUCAGUGCUUAAAGCGGAAAGAGAAAAGGAGAGGCGGCACUUUAGGGAUGAAAAUAGAGGGCUUCAAGCCCAACUGAGAGAUACUGCAGAAGCUGUUCAAGCAGCAGGGGAAUUACUUGUUCGGCUUAAAGAAGCAGAUGAAGCCAUGGCUGCUGCAGAGAAACGUGCUAUAGAGGCAGAGCUGAAGACUGAGAAUGCCUACAAAGAGAUUGAGAAAUUAAACAAGUUGCUAGUAGCCCCUGACAUGCCUGAAGAAGAUGAACAUGCUGGUGUUGAAAAUAAUGGAGCUGAUGAUGAUCAGAGAUGGCGAGAGGAAUUUGAGCCAUCUUUUGGUGCUGAAGAUGAGCCCCCAUCAUGGUUCUCAGGUUAUGACCGUUGCAACAUAUAGAACUCAUAAAUUCUUUUUUCCAAGAUGACAUUACCUUGUCCUUGUGUGGUCCAUUGUUGUAUGUAACACAGCCUGUCAGAUAGUAUAAAUAAAAAAUGUAUUCUAACGAUUGCCAAAUCAAUUGAAAUUUGAAAUAUGUUCAUUUA